AUGCAAGAGAACCAACCGACUUGUCCAAGAAUUGUUAAUAUAACUGUUUCAGGUAACACACGUGUUUAUAACAUUUGUGUAACAGAUGAAUUGAUUGUUGUGACAGCUACUGGUAAUAAUGUGGUGUCGAUGGAUUAUAACGGUGUAACAGUUUGUCCAAAAGUUGUAAAUAUUUUGAAUGGAGGUGGCAAUGCAGUGUUCUAUGUUUGUGCAACACAAGCCAUCAAUGCCAAAUUGAGUGCUAUAGCAAAGUUAUACUACAAAGGACCGUUAAAUCAUACGGAAUUGACGGGGUUGGCAUCAGUAGCGCAAUGGCGUUAG